CAGAGCUGCGCAGGGAAGCAGCUGCCAGCUGCCACCACCGCGCCCCGGGAAUGUCACCUCCCUUGCGCGGAGCCCCUGCAGGGCCCCCUCUGGCUCCGGGCAGUUGGCGGCCGACGCCCCGCCGGUCUUCUUAGCCGCAGCCGCAUCCCCUGCCCCUGGGUCUGCGGCCCCUUCCCCCCAGCCCCUUAGUUCCCGGCGGUGGAGGCGCCGCAGCGGCGAGCGAUGCAAGGCUGAGCCGGGAAGAUCUGCCUGCACUGCAAGUGCCCUCAAGAGGAGCACAUGGUAACGGUGAUGCCCCUGGCGAUGGAGAAGACCGUCAGCAAACUCAUGUUUGACUUCCAGAGGAACUCGACCUCGGAUGACGACUCAGGCUGUGCCUUGGAGGAGUACGCCUGGGUCCCGCCGGGGCUGAAGCCUGAACAGGUUCACCAGUACUAUAGCUGUCUCCCAGAAGAGAAAGUGCCCUACGUCAACAGUCCUGGAGAGAAACUUCGAAUCAAGCAGCUAUUACACCAGCUGCCGCCACAUGACAAUGAGGUUCGCUAUUGCAACUCCCUGGAUGAGGAAGAGAAGAGGGAGCUGAAGCUCUUCAGCAACCAGCGGAAACGUGAAAACCUGGGUCGUGGCAAUGUCAGGCCCUUCCCGGUCACCAUGACAGGAGCGAUCUGUGAACAGUGCGGAGGCCAGAUCAACGGCGGGGACAUUGCUGUGUUUGCGUCGCGCGCCGGCCACGGUGUCUGCUGGCACCCACCCUGCUUCAUCUGCACUGUCUGCAACGAGCUCCUGGUGGAUUUGAUCUACUUUUACCAAGAUGGGAAGAUAUACUGUGGCAGGCACCACGCCGAGUGCCUGAAGCCGCGCUGCGCAGCCUGCGACGAGAUCAUCUUUGCAGACGAAUGCACAGAAGCUGAGGGGCGACACUGGCACAUGAAACACUUCUGCUGCUUCGAAUGCGAGACAGUGCUGGGCGGCCAGCGCUACAUCAUGAAGGAGGGAAGGCCCUACUGCUGCCACUGCUUCGAGUCCUUGUAUGCAGAAUACUGCGACACCUGUGCCCAGCACAUAGGAAUCGACCAAGGUCAAAUGACCUACGACGGCCAACACUGGCAUGCCACUGAGACCUGUUUCUGCUGUGCUCACUGCAAGAAGUCCCUCCUGGGGCGGCCAUUCCUCCCCAAGCAAGGCCAGAUCUUCUGCUCACGGGCCUGCAGUGCCGGGGAGGACCCCAAUGGCUCUGACUCUUCUGAUUCAGCCUUCCAGAACGCCCGGGCCAAGGAGUCCCGGCGCAGCGCCAAAAUUGGCAAGAACAAGGGCAAGACAGAAGAGCCCAUGCUGAACCAGCACAGCCAGCUGCAGGUGAGUUCCAACCGGCUGUCGGCUGACGUGGACCCCCUGUCGCUGCAGAUGGACCUGCUCAGCCUGUCCAGCCAGACACCCAGCCUCAACCGGGACCCCAUCUGGAGGAGCCGGGACGAGCCGUACCAUUACGGGAACAAGAUGGAGCAGAGCCAGUCUCAGAGCCCCUUGCAGCUCCUCAGCCAGUGCAACAUCAGAACUUCCUACAGUCCAGGAGGGCAAGGGGCCGGGGCCCAGCCCGACAUGUGGGCCAAGCACUUCAGCAACCCCAAAAGGAGCUCGUCGCUGGCCAUGAAGGGGCACGGUGGCAGCUUCAUCAAGGAAUGCCGAGAAGACUACUACCCGGGGAGGCUGAGGUCCCAGGAGAGCUACAGUGACAUGUCCAGCCAGAGCUUCAGCGAAACCCGAGGCAGCGUCCAAGUCCCCAAAUAUGAGGAGGAGGAGGAGGAGGAAGGGGGCAUGUCCACUCAGCAGUGUCGGACCCGUCAUCCGAUCAGUUCACUGAAGUAUACCGAGGACAUGACGCCCACAGAGCAGACCCCGCGGGGCUCCAUGGAAUCGCUGGCCCUGUCUAACACAACAGGCCUCUCUGCGGAUGGUGGUGCCAAGCGCCAGGAGCACCUCUCCCGGUUUUCCAUGCCCGAUCUCAGCAAAGACUCUGGGAUGAACGUGUCCGAGAAGCUGAGCAACAUGGGCACGCUGAACUCGUCCAUGCAAUUCCGCAGCGCCGAGUCCGUUCGCAGCCUGCUCUCCGCCCAGCAGUACCAGGAGAUGGAGGGAAACCUCCACCCUCUCAGCAACCCCAUCAGGUACAGAGACCUGCAGGCCCACGGAAGGAUGCAUCAGAGCUUUGAUUUCGAUGGGGGGAUGGCGGGCAGCAAGCUGCCGGGGCCGGAGGGCGUGAGGAUGCAGCCCAUGAGCGAGCGCACGCGGCGGAGAGCCACUUCCCGUGAAGACAACCGCCGCUUCCGACCUCACCGGUCCCGGCGAUCCCGACGCUCUCGCUCAGACAACGCCCUCCACCUGGCCAGCGAGCGCGAGGCCAUCUCUCAGUUAAAAGAAAGACCUCCCCUGAGAGCCAGGGAGGAUUAUGAUCAGUUCAUGCGCCAGCGGAGCUUCCAGGAGAGCCUGGGCCAGGGGUCCCGGAGGGACCUGUAUGGCCGGUGCCCCCGGACUGUGUCGGACCUGGCUCUGCAGAACGCCUUUGGGGAGCGAUGGGGACCCUACUUCACCGAGUACGAUUGGUGUUCCACCUGCUCCUCCUCCUCAGAGUCUGACAACGAGGGCUAUUUCCUAGGAGAACCCAUCCCCCAGCCCGCCCACCUGCGAUACGUCACGAGUGAUGAGUUACUGCACAAAUACAGCUCGUACGGCCUCCCCAAGUCUUCCACGCUAGGUGGCAGGGGACAGUUGCACAGCAGGAAAAGACAAAAGAGCAAAAACUGUAUCAUUUCCUAA